ACUGAUCAGCACAUUUUGGGAGAAGCUAGAGUUCGAAUCAGGUCAACAAACUUUGGGGUCAGAAGUAUCAAAACAUGCGCGUAAAGAUCCGACUCAUGUGGUGUGCAUGUGAACAUUUUCUAGUGCGGAAAUAAUUUGGCAAAGUUAUGCGUGCAAAUGAGCGCGCUUUGAAUAGCCAUUCUCGCUUCAUUUUCCGUUCAAGGCAGUCGAUUGUUUUAGAGCUGCAAAAAAAAAAAAAAAAAAAAAAAAAAAAUAGCGAAAUGGGAAAGAGAAAGACCAAUGAGUGCGCCAAUGGCGGUGCUAAUGCCCAGCAGAAAAGACAGAGUACAGCUGAAAAGAGUCGGAAGGGCACUAGAGCCAGCUCAAUUAGCAAGAAAACUAACAAUUCAGCGCAAACUCCGGCCAGCAGUGGCUCACCCACAAGCAUCAACGGACGGGCGAGGCGCUGUCGUCAGGCAAGCAGCACAGAGAGGGCACGGGCAGUGCAGUCUCGGCCGCUAACAGAAGACAGCGGAGUAGGCCUACCUGAAGCGAUCCCGGCAUUACCGGCAGCAGGCAUCCCACCAGCAAUUUCGAGCACCCCACCACCACCAGCAGCAGCAGCCCUGAAUACCCAACCAUCACAGCCGGGAUCACAGUUGCAGUUACAGUCAACAGGUGAGGUACGGAUAGAUCUAGAUCUUGAUCUACCCACUAGUACUAAUGCUACUUCAACCGAAGUUAGAUCUAUGGCUAAUUGCACAGUAAUUAGUGCUGGGGUCGGUACGACAAGCCCCAGGCCACACAGAGGGGCAGACAAUAGUCACAUAACAGGGGCGAACCCACUUUUAACUUCGUUCCCUACAAUCGUGCCCCAUGUUGACUUGGAGUCGGGGAAUCAAGGGCAUGUCUCAAGAGGCAUUCAAUAUAGAUCUAGGCCAAUCGGAAGUCAGUAUGAUAAUAACAGCAGACCUAGCUACACAGGUAUCGGUAAUUCAUCGGUACCACAUACCGAGCAUAGGUCCGGGUUCGCAGUAAAUGACUCCCCGCCCCAAUCCCCACUACGGCCAGUUGGAGAUAGACUAGGCUCGGCCAUUCCCAAUAACAUUAGGGAGAAAAUAUGGAAAGGCGAGUAUGUGGAUUUUAAUGUGUUAGUGAAUGCCCAAGAGGUGACAGCACACACACAGUGGGAAGCUAGAGACGAACAAAGGACGAAUUUGGCAAUGACUCAGGAAGACGGGAGAUUGGUAUUGAAACCUGUCAGCGCGACAUCCAAGAAUAAGAUUGCAACCAUAGAGUUGUGGACUAAUGCAUUUCUUGUGUAUGCUAGCAUUGUUUUGGAAGCAAAUUUGAAUUGCGCACAAGACUUACUGAAAUACUGCCACCUUAUUCGAUCUGCUGCUUCGCGCUAUUAUGGGUAUGGGUGGAGAGAUUAUGAUAUCGAAUUUCGUCACCGCUACCACAAGAAAGGUGGAUCUUGGGCAGGUAUAGAUGGAGAAUUGUGGCUCCUUCAUGUAGUGGGAGGGGGACCUCCUCGGGGAGUUCGUGGCCAAGACCGUCCACUCGGGCGAUCGGCCCCAUGGUCCAACAGGAGGGAAUGGAAGCGAACAUAUAACCCUAGCACUAGCCAAACAAGGCAAUUCCUAGGAGACAGAUAGAACACACAAAAAAUAGAAAUCAGGACAGGCUUGAAGGUGAAAUACACAGUAACAGUAGAGAUGUACAGAUUACAGGACAGGUUAUAUCCUUGGGGAAGUCACCUAUUAAAAUAAAGAGCCUACAACAAUUGUUAAAAAGCUACCCAAAUGAGCGAGCAGCCAGGUUUUUGGAAAGUGGUUUCACAGAAGGAUUUUGUUUGAAUUAUACAGGCCCUCGCAUGCCAGUAGACUUACCCAACCUAAAAUCAGCA